AUGCUUCCUCAUCAUUCCCUCUCUUUCGCCCUUAUUCUCUUGCUAUCAACCUUUUCAAUUAAUGUCUCUGCAACAAAUAAUAAGCUCCCAAAAGGUUUCAGCAUCGACCUCAUUCAUCGUGACUCGCCAUUAUCACCGUUCUUCAACUCCUCCAUGACCCACUCAGAGCGAGUUCAGAACGCCGUGCUGCUCUCUCUAUCCAGAUCUAAUCGCUUGGGCCAGUCUUCCAUGGCUGAAACAAGCGAGUUAGUAGAAACUGAUAUAUUCCCAAACGAUGCAAGUUAUCUCAUGAAGAUAUCUGUUGGGACUCCACCUGUAGAGAGGUGGGCAAUUGCAGACACAGGAAGUGACCUUAUUUGGAUCCAGUGUUCACCCUUCUUUGAUCCAAAAAGAUCUUCCACUUAUAUGUCUUUGCCAUGUGGUUCAGACCCUUGUAAUUCCCUGCCUCGAUUUAUUAUGCAAGGCCAACAGUAUCCUAGAUGUGGAACAUCAAAUGAGUGUACCUAUUUUUAUGCGUAUGCGGAUAACUCAUACACAACGGGAGAACUGGGCACGGAAUCAGUUAGUUUCGACCAAGUUGCUUCAUUUCCUAAGACGGUGUUUGGGUGUGGACAACCCAAUAGUGGAGGAUUCAGCAUCAACGUAGGACUCGUUGGGCUUGGUCAGGGGGAUUUGUCAUUAAUUUCACAAAUGGGUAACGUGGGUCGCAAAUUCUCCUAUUGCCUGCCUCCUCACAGUGCAAAAACCACAACUAAACUAAGGUUUGGGGAAGAAGCAGCCAUAUCAGGAAAUGGGGUUGUGUCCACUCCUUUGAUCACAAAACCUGGUUACUUGUCUUUGUUUUACUUCCUCAACCUUGAAGGUAUCACCGUUGGACAACAGACAGUGCGGACAGGUCAAAGCAAUGGGAACAUAAUUAUUGAUUCUGGGACGACAUUGACAAUGCUUCCAUCAGGCUUUUAUGAGCAGGUUGAAGCUUUGGUGAAGCAAGCCAUUGGAGCCGACCAAUUCAUAGAACAGAACUAUCCGUACAAAUUGUGUUACAAAAAUGCUAACUCCAUGCAGAAUUUCCCAAAUUUUGAGGUUCAUUUUACAGGAGCCAACCUUUUCUUAAAACCUCAGAACCUUUUCCGUCCCAUAUCCAACGAUGUUAUAUGCUUUGCAAUGCUUCCUGCAGAUGGAAUGCCCUUUUAUGGAAAUGUGGCUCAAAUUGACUUUGAGGCGGAGCAUGAUCUUGAUCAGAAAAAAGUUUCUUUUGCUCCGGUCGAUUGUACUAAACAGUAG